UGCGUUGCUGUUGGUUCGCCCCCCAGAGAAAAAGGCAAGCGAAGUAACACCACGGAAGCCAAUUCAAAGGAUUCCAACAAAGAACUCAAAGAAAAUCAAAUUCAAGCUUCGUUCGUACCUUCGGUUUGUUCGUUAUUUUUGCUAUCCUGUUGUUUGUUUUUUUGAAAGUGGGCGCCGCGAAAUAUGCUAUGAUUUUCGAAUUGAAAAAUUGAGUACACAACUGUAUUUUGUUUUUUGGAAAUAUAUGCAAAAAUUGUUUAAUGUGGUAAGAAUGUCACCCGCUGGGCAUGAGCCACACUCAGGAUCGGGAGGUGUUGGCACUGGAACGAGCCAUGAAGCGAUGGUCGGUCCUAACGAUGACUAUCAACUGGCGGCCAGCACGACAAGCGGUGGCGAGAAGCUUAAAGAGAUGCCCGAUAAAUAUUUUAUGGCGAUUGCCCAUUUCCUCGAAGGACAUGUGAAUAAUACGGACGAUAUGGAACGCUUCAAUGGCCCCAUAUUGAAGUCGAGCAUUAAAUCGGUCUAUUGGCUAUUUCUCAUUCAAUAUGCGGCCCUGGCCCUGCUCGGUGUGAUCCUUAAUAUAGUCAUAAUAGUGUAUAUUAUGUACCAUCGCCUCUACAAGGAUGUCACGCAUGCGUUUAUCAUCAAUUUGGCAUUAUGCCAUUUUGUGCAAUGUGCCCUCGUUUUGCCUGUCUCUCUGAUGGUCAUGCUCAUUCAGAAUUGGAUAUUUGGACAAUUCUUGUGCUUCUUUUUGCCCAUGCUGCAGGAUAUUCCUCUGCAUGUGGCCAUGAUAUCGCAUAUCCUUAUAGCCUGGGAUCGCAUGCGUUGGCUGAACGAUCCGCUUAAGGGUCGCCUGCCUGGAUUCGUUUGCUGUUGUGCCACCUGGUUGACUGGCAUGGUCAUAGCCCUGCCAUAUCCCAUAUAUACAAUUUACGUGGAACUUGGUGACUAUAUGCCCCAAUUGGCUGGCAUUGGCCUAUGCGUGGUCAACUUGAUGGAUGACAUGCAUGAGUACACUCGAGGAUUGUUUCUGCUCAUGUAUUGUGGACCAGCCAUAUUGCUAUCGUAUCUAUAUAUACGCACAUCCCAAGAACUACGCCCCCCGGAAGGACCAUUUGCGGUAAUGAUGUACGAGCACCGUGCGGACUUGCGUAUGCGACAAAGAAAUUCAUCGAGCGCAUCGGCAGAACCACGUACCACCCUCAGUGGCGGAGGCGUGGCCGGCUUGAGCAAUGGAGGAGGGACAAGUUCUCGUUCCUAUGACCUAUACAGUGCCGAAUUGGAUGUUCAUCGGGAGAAGCGAAAGCAACGGAAUUUUGGAAGCAUGGCCGCCACCCAAGUGGUUUGCCUCUGUCCACUAAUGAUCCUGCGUUUCGCUCGUCUAUCACUGGAGGAGACCUAUGAGAAUCAGAAGCAUUUCGAUUUGACCUAUUUGAUGUUUGUCUGGGUGGCAUUUCUACCCACAGUUAUAUUUCCAUGCAUUUAUGCAUCGCAGAUUCUGCCCAGAGACGAACAAGAGCGUCUUCGUGGCUAUUUCCGUUUGUCCUCGAAACGCAAGCAGAAAAAUCAACGACGCAGCGAUGCUGGUACAGCCAGUUCGCGUGAGGAUUCCAUUGAGAAGGAUGAGCCUACAAAUACCACUAGUUUGCCAUCGGAGAAUCAGAAGCCAGGCCCAGGUGGAAAGAUCAGUGUGGCUGCUCCACUCUCCCACGAUCGUGGUGGCUACGGGCAUGGCGGACAUAAUGCGGGCAAUGAUCGUUAUAGUGGUGCUCCCUAUAGACAGGGACAAGCAGGACCAACUGGCCAUGUGACUGCCACCGGAACUAGAGAACGAGAUAGACAACGUGGUCGGGGAUCAGCCGAUGGAACUGGUGUUAACAAUUUGGGCAAGGAUGUGCGAAAUAAGAAGCAUGAUGUGAAAAUCAACAUCAUCUCGGAUGGCACCUCACAUGGCGGACAUGGUGGACACAGCAGCGGGCAUGGUGGACUCCGCAGCAAGCCUUGUCCUAGCAGUAGUAGCAACAACAGCAGCCGCAGUAAGCCCAACAAUGCCCCAACCGGUCAGCGGGAGAGACACCGGGAGAGUAGCAGCAAUUCGGUGUCGCAGAUCACGGCAUCCACGUAUUGCAAUGGCAACAGUGGACACAAUUUGGAUGAUAGCAGCACCAGCUAUUGCGGCGAUGGGGAAGAGAGCUCUGUGCUAAGUGGCAUGCCACCUCAGCGUUGGCCCGCCCCCAGUUUGAGGCACAAGGAUGUUUCGUUCAGCGAGUGCAGUAGCACCUUCUCGUCGAGCACUUUGGAAAGGGAUUUGGAAAUUAUUGAUCUGCUGGAACGGGAACGAAGCAUGGACAUACAGGAGAUGCUGCAGCGCGAAAGGGAGGCGGAAAAGGUGCGACCAGUUGGUCGACAAUUGCCUGACAUUGAGAAAUUAUACGCGCAACGUUCCCCCAAACCGAAACGCGAAUCGGUCUACGGCUAUGAGAAGGGCUCUCUGGCCUUGGUUAUGCCCGGUAGUGAUCCCUUGAGCAUGUCCAGCGGCAGCAGCAGCCAGCCCAGUACCGAGUACAGCAUGUGCUCGAGUCUUAGCCAAUCUGGCGGUGGGUCACAAGAUAGAACCAUGGUGACCGCAACUGUUGGAGCCGAAGAUGAGGAGGAAGUACCCACAGAUUUCUAUGACAAUUACACGCCGGGUGGAAGUCAAAAUUUGCCACCACAAGUUGCUGCUGCUGCUGCUGGUGCCACACAAGUCCAGGGUGGUGCUGCUGCCACUGCUGUUGCAGCUGCUCCGCCCGCCUAUCAGUAUCAGUACACAAGACGCUUAAGCCGCAAAAGUUCCGGCUCCAGUUCACAUCAUCAGAUGGGUGGGGGGGCUAUGUCAUCGCGAUCAUCGAAAAGGGAUAGCUUCAAUUCAUUGAGCGGCACGGAUUUGAUAGCUGGAGCCUUCUGUGAACUGGAUCCCACACAGCCACUCAAUAAAAUGGCCGUCAUUGAAGGCCGCAUGCGGCGAAGUAGUCCAAGGAAUUCUAGUUUCAGCUCUGGCUCUGCCCGCAGCUCCAUGAAGUCAUCGUCACGGGACUAUGGUCAUGGCUCGACGCAUUCAGCUCAUCCGGAAUUGGAUUUCAGGGAGAAUAUAUUUGCCGAGCUAUAAAAAGCUCCAUAAAAAGAGCUCUAAGACGACGAAACGAAAAGCUUUAGAUUAAAAAUUUGUUAAAAAAAAUAAGCAAAACAAAAAAAAAAGGGGGAAAAUCUCCGCAAACACUUUUCUA